AUGAGAUAUUGUGCCAACGAUUCGAUUCCCUUUGAUGGCCCACUGCUCGACAUCUUUUGCAUUGUUGUGCAAUGGCAAUGGGUUGUGGUUUCUGUGGCUGGUCUUGUCUCGAUUCCUCUCUACUUUCUCGUGCUUCGUCUCCUUUUCAAAUUGCGAUCAACACUGAAUUUUGUCUCUCCCUUUUACACGCUUCUUUUCUCGCAGGGUAUUCUUGAUGUUGGCGCUUUUCUCACUUAUUUUUUCUUCUGCGAUUUGCGACAUAUGCUAAAGGGAGUGUACUGGUACACUCGUGAAUCAUAUCUUCCAUCUUUUGGCUACGCAUGUGAGCACAUUUUCCUCGUCGGUCGGAUACUUGGUGUUAGCUUACUGGCCUUGCAACGAAUCGCUUCAGUCACAUUUCCAAACUCGAUGAUGAACUAUGCUUUCAACGGAUUCCCGAGAGCUUUACUCAUUGGAUCGCAUUGGACACUUCCGAUUCUCUCUUGUGUGCCCGUACUCACGCAAUUUCACACCUACGAUGACGAGGAGAAGAUGAACCUUGUCGUUCCGCUUAUGGAUUUCUCGAUAAAUGCCCUCUCAGUGGCUGUACUUUCCCUUGUCGCGCUCGUUGUCGUUUCUUUUUGCUUCAUUCGGAUUCUGAUUCAAAUAACUGUUGAUCUUGCGACGGGAAGCCAAAGCCGAAGAGCGAGACGCGAACUCUCUGCGACUUUCAUUCUAGCGGGAAUGCUGGCCGGUUUCUAUCUUUGCACGAUUUUCCACGUACUACAAUACUUCUUUGUCAGCACUCGAGAGAAAGAAAAAAUCGAUCAAAUCUACGCGAUUCGUUUAUUCUAUCCAACAAUGAACGCAAUCUUUUCCCUCAUCACUCCAUGGUUGAUUUGUUUAUGUAACAGUGAAGUGGGAAAGAUGGUGAUGUACUCGAAGAACGAUCUCGAAGCUUAUAAAAGGAAAAAUCUUGCAAACACUGUU